UCAUCGCGAGUAUUCCCAAUACAAGAAACAGAGCCACCAAGACAAGUCCCUACACCUACCACCGUGACAUCGUGUCACACUUCGCUGAAGCAUUACCAGCCAACUCUUCAGUGCAGACAUGUGUCGAAUGAUGAUUUUCAGAGGACAUUGCACGUGUUGCGACCAGCCUCAGACUUGGGUUGACUUGACCCAAGAACUGUCAUGCCUUGAGGCCAAGAACAACGGAUGGUUCGGUGGAUGUCGGCGAGGUAUCCUUGUCGAAGAGCAUGAUUUCAACCAAGAAUGCCCCGUAUGUCAUGAGGAAGACGAGGGCAUUGGAGGCUUAGAUGAAAGUCACAUAAUGCCACUUCAACAGACAUCACAAACACAAAGCAGCCUCGGCAAGAGAGCAGCCGGGGACCGAGGAGAAUCUAGCGAUGGCUCCAAGAAACAGAAGACUUGAACAAAGCGCACAAUUAUCGGCGUUGGGUUUGCUUUUAGGAACCAGGCAUAAUG